UGUAAAUUAAUAGUAAGAUCCGAAGAGUAAGAUUGUAAGUCUUUCUCUACUCUUUGGUAAAAUCUGAUACAAAUAAGAUAGACGUGUUCAUUGCGAUAAAACAAUAAGCAAUUGAAUUCAAAUCAUUUUGAAAAUUGCUUCAAACAAACAUCCUUCAUAUCAUUUCAUUUUCAGCCUUUAACUGUUAAUUAAUCUAGUUUAAUGGUCGCCAUUGAUCAACCUACAGUAAAAUCCAAAGGAAAGGAAAGCAGGUCAAAAAGAGUUUGAGUAAUAUUUACCUUUUUCAGACUUUAACUGUUUUUAUUGGAAAGGGUCAACAAUCAUAAUCUUUCCAUAUAAACAUGGAACUCAAUACCAGAGUAAUCAAAGAGCCUCGAGGAUUUAUUCGUAUAUUGCAAUUGAUUUUCGCAAUAUUUGCUUUUGCAACGACUUCUGGUUUUAAAGGAACUUCGGAAUUGGAAAUGUACUGUUCAGGGCAGUUAACGGAAAGCGAGCCAGUAAACACAGAAAAGUUGACCAGAAAGAUUGAAUACAAAAUUGAAUAUCCAUUCGAAUUAGAGAAAAGUCAAUUUACAAUAAUUCCUAACUGCACGAAUCCAGAUACUAUUGUCUCUCGAAAUUUCCCAAUGGAUUUUUCCAGUUCGGCAAGAUUUUUCGUAACAACAGGAGUCCUCUGUAUGUUAUAUUGUAUUGGAGCUUUAGCCUUUUACCUGACCUCGGCUCCUAUUUAUGCAACCAAUCCAUUGAUCCCUGUUCUUGAUCUGGUGGCAACUGGUAUUUUCACCAUUUUCUGGUUUGCUGGAUCAUGUGCUUGGGCUGCCGGUGUCUCGGACCUCAAAUAUUAUACCAAUCCAAGUACUUUCAAAAGACACUUGAAAGUUUGUGAUGUAAAACCAACAAUUUGUUCAACUAAAUCUUUAGCUAAUUGGUCUUCUCUUAAUGUAUCAUUGAUAUUUGGGUUUGCUAACUUCUUCUUAUGGGCAGCCAGCAUGUGGUUUGUUUAUAAAGAGACUCAAUUCCACCCUAAAUCAGAAGCUGGUCCUAUGCCUCCUGGACCACCAAUGCCAAAUUAUCCUCCUCAAGCUCAAGAUAGCUUUGGUGGUUAUGGUGAUCCCAUAGGAGCUCAACAAAAGUCUGGUGGGCAAUAUCCAAAUGAGCAACAAUUUGUUGGACAGUAUUAAAUCGAGAUAUGAAUCUACUUUUAAGCUAAAUAUAUCAGAACUAAUUUCUUAAAAAGAGUUCGAAAACAUGAUGGAAGUGAAACAUUUGAAUAUUGAGUUAAACAAAAGCAAUACGUUUUGAUUUGUGAACUAGUCGCCAAAAAAAGUAAACCCAUAAGAUAAAAGCACAAUUAAUUAUAUUGAGAAUGUUCCAUGUAGAAAAUUUUUCGUUUGUUUGAAUAUCAUGUUUGUUUUUCAGUGUCACUCAUUGUAAAUAUCCACUGUAAUAAAAGAGAAUGCGAUUAUAAAAUUUA